UUUUCACCCCGGGAAAAGGAUGAAAACCACAGAAUAGUUUUGGCAACCUGCAAGUGUUUCAGUUCUCACACACUGGAUCUCACAGCACCCUACAACAAAGAUGAGGAUACAGGGACAGCCUGAGGGCGCAAGGAGGCGUCUCGAUUUAAAUGCAGUCGGUGAGCUCAGGGGUGUGGAGGUAAUCCGUGGUCGGGCAGGAUAUGGCUUUACUAUUUCCGGACAGAGGCCAUGUCUGUUGAGUGGCAUCCUGGAGGGAAGUCCUGCUGACCUGGUGGGACUCAAACAAGGGGAGCGCAUCAUGGCAAUCAAUGGAACUGAUGUGUCCACUGCUUUGCAUGAGACUGUUGUGCAGCUGAUUGGUAGCUGCAAAGGACCCUUACAGUUGGUGGUGCAUGCUGACAGCCGAAUAAUGGGGAACCCCAUCCUUAAUGAUGCAAAAUUUGGGACUGGUCACAAAAGUGGUAUUUUUCAAAAGACAAGUGUUCUUCGCACCAUCUCUGACGAUUCAAGCAAUUCCUUCUUUAACUCAAGUCCUGCUGUCACCACCAAACAGAGGCCAGUAUCAGAGCCUGAUAUGUCGCAUUGGUCACAACAGUGGAGUGUUUUAGCUGAGAAACCAAAGGAGGACACUUCUAGGGUGGGGGACACAGACUCUGUUUUUACAGACCCAGAAGAAGUCAACCCAGACUGGAGUAUUUUAAACAUGACCUUGGUAGUUGGCUACCUGAGCUCCACAGAGCUAAUUUUGAACACCACAGAAUCAGAGGAGGACUGUUUAAAAGCCAUUAGGGAGCGAAUACGACAGUUGGGAACAGAGCAGAAUACCCAUACUCUGGUGAUGAUGAAAAUUAUGUUUGACUGCAUCCGCCUUUGUGACGACGCAGGAGCGGUUUUGGCAGCCUUUCCUGCUGAGAACCUUGUCUUAGGGGCUGUGUGUGCUGAAGACCCACGAUUCUUUUGCCUGGUCACUACAGCACAUAUAAUAGAUGGCCGUGUACCAGAGGAUGGUCCUCUGCGGGCCUCCUGCCAUGUUUUCUUUAUCGACCCAGACCUGGGAAACCAUGAGGACCACAAAGGGAUUGCCGGACGCUUUGGCUUUAACUGCACUCCAGAUCCUGAUGCGUUGGGCUGCCUGGAAUUCCCUCAGACCCCCCCAGAUGUCCUUCACUUUGUCACAGUCUUGUACAGUGACAUGGGGGAGGCUGUAGAGAGGCUUAGAGUAAAACUGGACAUGGAGGCUCAGCAGCAAGUCAAGGAGAAUGGUAGCACAGGCAAACAAGGCAGCGCCAGCAGCAACGGGGACAGUGGAAUUGGAAAUGCGUCCCCCCCUGAGGAGAGAGCGGACAGGGAUUUCCCUUCUGCAAUCCAAACCCACCCUGGGGCCCACCUCCCCAGCUGUCCAUGGGAUUAUCCUCCGGCUGAAGACCUCACCCCAAUAAACCUCUCUGACAAUGGCCAAAAAUUUUAA